AUGGUAAGGUUUAGCAUAAGAGGAGGCAAAAAAGUUUUUAGUAAUGACUUCAAAGCACUUAUAAAGCAAGGAAAAAAUUCAGUAAUAGUAUCAUUACUCAAUGAGAGCAGCUUGACAAAUCUUAUUGAUGACCAUGGGAUAACUUUAUUGCAUUUAUCAGCUAGAUAUAAUAAUUUAGAAAUAACUAAGGUUCUUCUCAAUUCAGGUUUUAAGGUUGACAUCAAAAGCAAGCAUGGCUUGACACCGUUGAUGAUGGCUGCUAAUGCAAGCAGUUUUAAAACAGCUGAAUUCUUACUUAAUCAAAAUACAGACAUAUAUGCAAUGAAUCUUGCCAAUAAAACUGUUUUACAGGUAAUUUUGAAUAAUAAAAAAUCACCUAGAUAUAUAAUCGACAAAUGUUUUGAAAGAAUUAUGAAUAUCAGUAGAAGCAAUCAAGAAUUAGCCAAUAAACUCAUGCAAGUAGAUUGUCCUAUUAAAUGGCUCAUUUAUCUAAAUAAUCCAGUAGUCUUACAUAUGAUUUUGCAUUCAGCCAAUCAAAUUGAUCCCAUGCAAACUCAAGCAGCUUUGGAUAUUGCUUUGAGAUUAAAAGAUGAACCCCAUGCCAAAGUAUUAUUACAAUGGGGAACUUACAUUGAUGUAAAAAAUCCUGACUCCCUACAAUUCUUGAAUCAUAUAUUCAAGAAUGGUAAUGACAUAGACUACGAACUUCUUGUAAUCUUUUUGGUGAGAGUGAGGAAUUGGCAUGAAUUGGAAGAAAGUUAUCUGUUUUUCUUAGAAGGGAUUUUUGGAAAAGCACCAAAACCAGCUUUAGAUAUUUUAAUGGAAUUCAAUGUUGAUGUCAUUGUGAGGGAACAGUUUCCAGGUCGAGAUCUAUUUGUUCACCUUUUCUCAAACUGUAAUCCAGGGAUCAAAGAUUUGUUUAAAAGAAGAAUUUUCAAUGUCCAUUCACGUGGAGAAAAAGGUCUAACUGCCCUACACUUAGCUGUAAAAUGUGCUGCUGUUGAUGAUGUUAAAUUACUUCUGAGUUGGGGAGCAGAUCCAAAUGCAAGAGACAAUGUUGGUGCUCAACCAUUGAGCAUGAUAUUACAUAUUGGACAGAUUGAAGCUAGAAGAGUCUGCAUUGAAUUACUGUUGAAAUAUGGAGCUGAUCCACAGACUGUAGAGAUAUCAGGAGAGUCAUUGAUCGAUUGGGUUGUCAGAAACAAUGACAUGAGUAUGCUUGAACCAAUACUGUGUCAUAUUGCAAUUUUACAAGUUAAUGGAAAACUCAUCAAAAAGCAGCUUAGCCCUUUUAUAGAUUUUCAUCAUCAGAUUAAAGCUUAUUAUUAUAACUGCUGUGUACAGUUGGAGGCUUUGAAAAAGUUUCUAAUUUAUGGGUCUGUCACACUUUUUACAGUAAUUGCUGAAGAUAAUGAAAAAUUUGCUCUACAUAUUCCAUAUCCGCAGAUUAUUGAGUCUCUUAGACAAAAUGUUUAUUCCUUUGAAUGGAAUGCUUUUUACAGAUUGAAAAUGAAUGAAUUUUUUCACUUGACCUUGGAAAUAAUUUCUUUGAAAAGUAAAGUUAUUUUAGUUUUGAAUGAAACUAUUCCAGUUUUUAAUAAUAAACAUACAAUUGCAACAGAAAUAUUAAGUUAUUUAACUUACAAAGAUCUGCUGAUGUUUGCCUAG